CCUGGGACAAGCUAUCCUGGCUGGAAAUGCUCCAGGAGAAAAGCUUGUCCGAAGCAGAGGACGGGUUUGUGGCACCCCAGGCCCCGGGCCAUGCGGAAACAGCAGCCGGUUCCCCAGUCCUUGGCGUCGCGGGAGUCAGCAACACGCCUCUGAGCAGCCCGCAGGGUCCAGAUCCGGAGCAGACUAUUGAGAAUAUCAAAGUGUACCUGCACGAGAAAGAACUAUGGAAGAAGUUUCACGAAGCCGGUACAGAGAUGAUCAUCACGAAAGCCGGAAGGAGGAUGUUCCCAAGUUACAAAGUUAAAGUCACGGGGAUGAACCCGAAAACCAAAUACAUCUUACUGAUCGAUAUUGUCCCUGCGGAUGACCAUCGGUACAAAUUCUGCGACAACAAAUGGAUGGUGGCUGGGAAAGCAGAGCCUGCAAUGCCCGGACGCUUGUACGUUCACCCAGACUCGCCCGCCACAGGGGCCCACUGGAUGCGCCAGCUGGUGUCCUUCCAGAAGCUGAAGCUCACCAACAACCAUCUGGAUCCAUUUGGACACAUCAUUCUCAACUCGAUGCACAAAUACCAGCCGAGGCUGCAUAUUGUGAAAGCUGACGAAAACAACGCGUUCGGUUCCAAGAACACGGCCUUCUGCACCCACGUGUUUCCAGAAACGUCCUUUAUCUCCGUCACCUCCUAUCAGAACCACAAGAUUACCCAGCUGAAGAUAGAAAACAACCCAUUUGCCAAGGGCUUCCGGGGAAGCGACGACAGCGACCUGCGGGUGGCCAGGUUGCAAAGCAAAGAGUAUCCAGUGAUCUCCAAAAGCAUUAUGAGGCAGAGGCUGGUGUCUACUCAUGGUCAGCUCUCGGCUAAAUCUGAUGUCAGUUCGCUCCAUGGGAGCCACCAGGGUCUCCAGCACUACCAGUACGAGAAUGGCGCUCACAUGCAGUUUGCAGCAUCAGAUGCACAAGACCUGCCCCUCAACACCUUCACAGCGCAAAGAGAAUCGGGGCUUUUCUAUCACUGCCUGAAACGGCGAGAGGGUGCCCGGCAUCUGGAUCUACCCUGCAAACGCUCUUACCUGGAAGCGUCCUCUUCUGUUGGGGAAGAUCACUACUUCCGGUCACCCCCUCCCUACGACCAGCAAAUGCUGAGCCCUUCCUAUUGCAGCGAAGUGGCGCCGCGGGAGGCGUGUAUGUACUCUGGUUCUGGUGCCGAAAUUGCAGGCGUCUCCUCGGUAGAAGACCUGCCUCCACCGCCUCCCCCGCUGAGCUGCAACAUGUGGACUUCAGUUGCACCUUACACCAGCUACAGUGUUCAGACCAUGGAGACUGUGCCCUACCAGCCUUUCCCUGCUCACUUUACCGCCACCACGAUGAUGCCACGCCUCCCUGCCAUCACGAAUCAAAGCUCCCAGCCACCAGGCAACAGCCCCUUCGCCGUCUACAACCAGCUCUCACAGUCUCAAGGGCGGGACAGAGUUCCCGCCACAUCCUUCCCGAGGGAAAGGGUGCAUCCCUCGGUCUGCGAGAGGAAACCCCCUUCUCCCCACUUAAGCACAGCAAACGACUUUCUGUACUCGCAGACCUUUUCACUGUCGAGGGAAUCUUCUUUACAGUAUCAUUCAGGCAUGGGGACUGUGGAGAACUGGACGGACGGAUGAGUUCGCCAGCUGAGCAAUGAACCUUGUUACGGCCAGGCCCGCGGCUCCUGGACAGCCUUAGUUCGGUGUUAAUACCUGUGGGGUAACUUGCACUUCCGUGACACCUACAGGAAUCUGCAUUUCCAUUGGUGUUUGUGUAUCUAAAGAGGUUGUUUCUUUUAACCAAACAACAACAAAGCAACUCAGUGGGGGAAGAGAACUUCAGCUCAAUGGCUUGAAUCCACCAGUUUUAACCGGGCCGGUGAAAAUUUUGCUGCCCAGAGAAGUAACGUGUUGACAGAUGUCCUGGGAUGUCACCUUUUAAAAAUCAUGCAUCAGAAUCCAUCAGGUUAAUCUUUUGUCAAAUAUCCCUUUAAAUUUACUGGCAGUCUGUAGACAAGCUGGGAAUGCAACUAGUCCCUAAAUGCUACUUCAGCAGAUUAAAUAUACUUAAAGAAAGCUUAACUCCCCCACUAAGUGAGCAAUAUGCAAGGCUCAAGGGCCUUGUGGAUCAUACCUACAUGAUGCACUCAUGGAAUAAUUUUUUAAAAUCCAAGACUUUUAGCGUUUUGCUGUCAUUAAUCGAUAGACUGUUGGACUGACUUAGCCAAGGCCACACUAAUCAAUUUCAGAGUUAAGGAUACAAACUAGGAACACCGUUUUCUGUGAGCUGCAUCAUUUCAGCGGGGAUUCCAUUGGGAGGAAAAAAUCUAUCUGGAUGAUUGUUUAUCUACUGCCUUCCACCAUCUCAUUCCUUCUAGUAGACCACACUAUAGCCUUAUACUGGUCACUUUUAAGUAUGGACGCAGUGAAUCCCAGAAGCUACAUGGGAGUCUGUUUGACCAGAAGAGCUAAUUUUCUGUGGAACACGUUAUCCAGAGCUGCUGGGGGAAAUGGCAAGUUCUCACUUACCUGCUGUAAGGUGUAUGUUAAAUGACUUAUGCCCUGUUCUUUCCCCAGCUCCAACAACAGCAGUCAGCUGAGCGGGGUGAGAGAGGAAAACCCACAAGUGGCAUAAAGACAUGAAGCCAUUUGAACGACACAUUAAGGAGGGCAGGGAGAGCGUUCUUUAACACAGAGCUGCUAUUUCCAGUUACACACACACACACACACACACACACACACACACACGCUUCUGGUUUCUGUAACAUGCAUUGAUAUCUGUUGUGUUCUCCUCCCUGCAGCCAGCGGGGCUGCCUGCUCCUGUUUAGGAAACUCCUAGAGGCUUGGCAGAGGUGCCCAGGGAGGAGAGGGGAGGGAGCUCCAGCAGGGAUAGGAUACCCAAGCUGCCAUUUGUCCCAGGAGAACCUAUGGCUGUGGGCUGGAGAUCAGCUGUCGUACUGGGAAGACCCCCCCCCGGUCCCACCUGGAGGUUGGCAACCCCAACUGAGAGAUAAUGCAGCCAAACGAGGUGAUGAGAGUUUUGUGGCUAUCUGUUGAUGGGGAGGGUUGUAUUUUGAAAUUCUCUCUUCUGGUCAGAAGCACUUUUAAAGUAAAGAAACUAGCACAUGCAGAAUUUUUUAGUGUGGGAGAGAGAUUUAAAAAACAAAUGGCACCCCAUGCCUGCUGUGUUCUGCGGGGCCGGCCCGAGACAGAGGAAGACAGAGGCGUCCACUCCGGUCAAAGCCCGCUUAAGCGACAUACUUUUACUUUAAUGAUACUGCCCAUUUAGCCUACAGGCCUGGCGCAAUGUCGCAUCAGAUACAACGACAAAAAUAGCUAACUUAAAUAACCAACCAGUUACCAUGCUUGAGGUCCUUUAAAUUUAAUCACAUGAGCAAAAUUUUGGCCACUGCCAAUGUAACUCCUAAAUCCACGCCUGCCAAGAGUUUCUUAACUUUAUCUCGUGCUAACAACCUCUCAUUAUCACAGAGAAGAGGAGUGAUCCACAGAUCCCUAAGACCACAAAAGCUAACCACAUUCCAAUAAUCUGAAGAAGUCUCCGUGUACACGAAAGCUGAUACCCAGAAUUAAACUCUUUUGGUCUGAAGGGUGCCGCUGGACUCAAACUUUGUUCUUUCACAUUCCAAUAAGCAAUGCUCCACAGUCUCCACAAAGUCAAUAAGCUACAUACUAAUGCUAUUAAUGCCACAGCUGGCCACAAUCAGAGGGAACCUGAAGGGAACCAUCCCUCUGCCACAAAACUAAACUGAGACACACCAAGAGGGCAAGGCGCCAUCAGACCAAGGUAAUGCCUGUGCUUCCGAGAGGCUGUCUCAGAAUUUGUACACCUUUCCACAGUUUGGACGGCUAAUGAUCUCUGUGCUACAGCGCCAGCUGACCAGGAUUUUCAUUGUGGUGGUUCCAUGCUAAUGAGCAAGAUGAAGAAUCGGGUUUUAUUUUCCUGUAAUGCAGAGUCCACUAAAGAGAAGGUUGUUUUACCCUUGAGCAACCCGUGCGUUGGUUCAGUUAGACUGUUCGCAUGGCUGGUGUGGAUUUUAUAAUCAGAACUUGGGGAA